AACUUUUAACAUAGUAUAAAAGUGAAUUAUUUUCAUCUUAACGUUAUAUUUAAAAUAUAUUAGUGAUUUUGUGUAGAAUCUGAUUUAUUCUCAUGUCCUAACAAUGAACUGUGUACUACCAAUUCUCAUCAUGGCGCUGUCCGGCGCUCUCGCUGCUCCGUCCUAUGAUGCCGAAUCAACAGCGUUCUCAGACCCUGAAUUUACCCUAGGAUAUAAUAGAGGUGAUAUAUCAGAGAAUAUUUUUAUCCCUCGAAAGAGAGCAGCUCUUGUCCUGGAUCGUUUGUUGAUCGCAUUGCAAAAGGCACUUCACGAGGAGAGUGUGAACCAGCGCUUGAACUCGGACCGAGAAGGCCCACGGACGGCGCCCUUACGUCUGGCUAAUUUUGACACAAAUGAUAUGACGGGGCUACAACGUCGUGGACAGGGCACCGCAAGAGGGCGUGUGUUACGAUGCUACUUUAACGCCAUUACGUGCUUUUAAGAUUUUUUUCUUAAAUAUAUUUAUGGCUACAUCAUUUGAUAUCAUGUAAUAGACUGUUACUAUAGC